UCGCGGCGGUCGCCUCAGCGCGCCGUUCCCUCAAGCCGGUGUUCCCCGGCGUCGUCGUCCACGUCGUCGCCCACGUCGUCGUCACCAUGAUGGAGCACAAGCCCCGACACCUGGCCGUGGCCGCCACCACCACGCCGUCGAGCCGCGCGCGCGCCGUCUACAGCAUCGACCAGAUCCUCGGCAACGACAAGGCCAAGGACGAGGACCCGGCCAAGGGAGACAGUGGCUCCACCACGUCGGGGGACUUGGACCUGACCACGUUCUCCGACGUGGACGCCGAGAUCGGCGCCGACCUGGGCUCCGGCGGCGACGGCCCCGGCCUCGACGGCCUCGACGGCGACAUGAACCGGCCCAGGAAGGUGCGGCGCUCCCGGACCACCUUCACCACCUACCAGCUGCACCAGCUGGAGCAGGCCUUCGACCGGUCGCAGUACCCCGACGUCUACACCCGCGAGGAGCUCGCCUCCAAGCUGGACCUCAGCGAGGCCCGCGUGCAGGUGUGGUUCCAGAACCGGCGAGCCAAGUGGCGGAAGCGGGAGAAGGCGCUGGGCAGGGACACCACCUCCUUCAUGCACCAGCCGCCCGGAGGCAUGCCCGACUUCGCCGUGCACCCCGGACUGCCGCUGCCGCCGCCGCUGGGCCCGGAGCCCUUUUGGCCCGGGCUGGUGUUGAACCCGGCCACCCUGAACCUGGGCCUGCCCGGCGCGCCGCCGUUCCCCUGGCACUCGCUGCAGUCCCUGCAGUCCCUGCAGUCGCUGCCGGCGCAGCCCUCCAAGGCGCUGCACAUGCUGUCGCAGAACACAAUUGGAUAUGAAAGCAGCCUGAAACUGGAAAUUAUAAACAAAGAACCUUGGUUUUUUGUACUUCAUCCAUUCAUACAAUGUUUACAAGAAGCUCUCAAUCUAUUUACACAGACACUUGCAGGCAGUACAGGCUCUCCAAGGGUUGCCAAGAGUUAUCCAAAGCAUCAUCAUUCCAAAAUGGCACAUAUUAACUGUGUUGGAGUAUCACAAGUACCAGAGGCAGAAACACUUUCAGCUGUCACAUCGUACAAGUCUCAAGACAGAAUAGUUUUCGUCUCAUUCGGCUGA